CAGCCUCGCCUCGAGAAGCGCUCGAGAACACAUAGAGUCCCUCAGCAGGGUCUGACUCACAGGGGAUCAUUUUCCUGAAGCUCCAUGAGCCAGAACUUCUUGGGAAUGAGGAAUCCUGUCACCUCUCGCUGUGUUUUGGGAGCUUCAGCGUGUGGCAGAGUUGCCCAGGUGCUGCUGAUCGUCCCAACAGAGCCAGGAGGAGCUGGAACAUUUCUGAGUGCCCACAACACCUCCCCUUUCCUGCUUGGCCCUCUGGAAGGUGGCAGAGCCCUUUGCUGCUCUCCUGGUUGACUCUUCCAUGGACCCACACUUUGUCCAGCAGCUCCACAGCAACUUUCCCACCUGAUCCUCUGUCAUGGACAACCCUCUUCCAACGCUGAUCCCAAAGGUGCAGGACACUGAGAACUCUGGUGUUUGAAGGCUGAUGGAAGGAUCCCCCCCAGCUCCAGGACACCUGCUUUGGGAAUCCUGGAGAAGAGGCUUCUUGCUUUGAACUCAGAGUCUGUGAAUUGGUCCAGUCCCAAGAUGGUUUGUGUUGGUGAAAGCACUUUCACAUGCUGUGAGUCACAGAGACUGCAUUCAUGGCUUGCUGCUGCACCAGUUCCAAAAUAGCUGAUGGACACGUGAAGUGGGAUUAUGUUUGCCAAGUCUGUUUUGCUGAAGUGUUGAUGGGCUGAGGGCUUCAGGACAGCACAGGAUCACUCAAAACCAGGAGAUCCCUCUGACUGCUGCUCCACAGGCCUGGGAGAUCCUGGGGAACAUCACCAGGUGGGAUUUGGAUGAAGGAGCAGGGCAAAGUCAUUCCUCAGCUCCUAUACAAAGACCCCUUCAAACUAAAGCUUCAUCCCAUUCCAUGCCCUGACUGGCCAGCAGAGCAACAUCCACGUGUUUCUCUUCAGGAAAAUUGGAAGAAGCAGAAAUUUUCCAGAGGUUUCAACCAUUUCAAGCUCCACCAAAGCAAAAUUUCCUGAUUGCAAAGAUUCCCUCAGUAACUGGAGGAAGGUGGUCCUGGAGGAGCUCUGUCCUGGGAGCACAGGAAUGACAGGCAUUAACAAACAGCACCCAGUGACUUGUGCUACGAAACAUUUGUGUUCUCAAGAGCUGAGAGGUGUGUCCAGGGCUCCAAAUCCAUCCUGCAGUGGGAGAUGCAGGUCUGAGGAGCCGGGGACACACCCCAGUUUGCUCAGUGAAAAGGAGCCCGCUAUGACCAUACCCUGCACUCCAGGAGAUCCCAGGUGAUUCCUCACACCUGUGGGUGUUCUGAAGACCUUUCCAGAAAUGCCUCCUUUACUCCCAGGGCUGGGAUUUCUCCUUCUGCUUGGGUGGCAAGGAACUGCUGGAGCUUCUGCUGGGACAUACCUGUGCUCCAGUUCUGCUGUCAAUGAGUCUGCCCUGUGUGCCUCGGUGGAAAGUGCCAGCCAGGAGAAGUUUCUGGAAGCAGCCCGUGGCCAAAGCUCCCCGUGCAGCCUCUCGUUUGCUCAAUAUGCCUGUGCCCAGAGAACUUGGCUCCAGGACCUCCAGGAUGAUUUCCUCAUAUCCUUAUAUUCUUGCCUUGCUUCCAAACCUGCCACUGCUGUGGAUCCAGAAUACUCUGUUCUGUUCUUUUCCAAAUAUGGUGCUGAGAAGCUUUUGGCCUCCCUGACCACGUUCAGCCAGCGGUUUUCCCACGUGCCUCUGUCUCUGGAGUGGAGCCUGAUCUUCAUCAACGGGCUGUGGGAGAAGAUGCUGCAAGUGCCAGACAUUGAGAGCCCUCCUGUUCUGUCUCAGUGGGUCCAUGGGGGACUUCAGCCCUUCCUGGAGGAGCCCAAGGUCUUUGGUUGCCUCCAUGGCAAAAAUGUGUCCUGUGAGACCUUUCAGCUGCUAGUGGCUGCCCUGGAUGGACUAUACCCUGAGCUUCCAGAGGAAGAGCAGAGGAAUCUUUACAGUGGGAUCAAAUAUUAUCUCACCCAGAAUGAAUCCAACCAGAAAUGCUACAGUGAAGCCAUUCCAGGCCUGAAUUCCACUGCUUGGUUUAAAAAUUACCUUGGAUCCUUUAUGGAGGAUGCCACAGCUGAGGAUCUGCAGCUUUUUGGUGAUGAACCAACUCUUCAAAAAUUUGCCAGGGAUCCAGUCAAUAUGGAGAUGAUCAGCAACCUCACCUUGCUCCGGGAGACAGCUCUGUACUACACUUUCCUGCUGACCUCUGCUCCUGCUUUUCCAGUGUCAAGCCUCCCAGACAGGUUUCUUUGCUCCCUGAGCCCCUCAGCAGUGACCAACCUGAGCAGGGACGACGCGCUGAGCUUGGCCCAGAGGAUCGGGAAGAGCUGCCCCUGGAUCCCGGCACGCAGAGGAAUUCCUGGAGAGAGAGCUCCCUCCUCCCUGCCGGCGCAGGAACUGCAGGUCACAUCCUCCCUGCUGAGGAAGGUUGAGGGUUUCUCUCCUGAAAUCCUGCAUGCCCUGGGCCAGGCUGCAGUGGGACUGUCUGUGUCCAGCAUCCAGAACAGCACCAGUGAGCAGGACCUUGAAGCAGCUCUUCCUGCCCUGGGGGAAGUUCGUGGCUGGAGUGCUGAGCAGUCCAGUGCUAUUGUGGACAAACUGCUCCGCUCUGGCUAUCAGAUCCGGGAUGGGCAGAGCCUGGCACAGCUGGGCAGUUUGGUGGGAGGCCUCAACAGCAGCACGGUCUGGAGUUUGUCCCCAGAGGUGCUCCUGGAGGCCAUCAAGGUGCCUGAGUUUGCCCAGCAAAUGGAGCCACUUCCCCCUGCUCUGAAAAGGACCUUUGUGGAAAAGAUUUCCUCCAGUGUUGCCCACCCUGCCGACCUGGUGAAAUACAUCCCUGAUGCUCUGGCCAGUUACAUCCCCAAAUCCUUGCUUGUUUUUGGGGAAGAGAAGCCCAGUGUGCAGGAUCUCAACAGUAAGCCGUGGACCCCAGAGCAGGCUGCCAUGUUUUUCAGUGAUGUGGUAAAGGCAGAACCAGACUUCAGCAGGCUUUCCCAGUCUGUGCUCCAAGGUUUCACCUGUGCAGCUGCCAAAGAUGUGGAAGCAGGAAGAUUUCAGGAGCUGGCCAAAGUCAUGAGGAGCAAGAAUGUCAGGCUGGGAGAAGACCAGCUGAGUUGCUUACUGAGGAUGGUGACACUGCAUGGGAUUCCUGAGGAUUUGGACAGUUAUCCUAAAGACCUGUUGCUGUUUUUAAGUCCUUCAGACUAUGCAGCCACUGGAAGCUGCAGCCAAUACUUCAAUAAUGUCGGGGAAGCAAAUCUUGAUGUUCUGCCAAGAGAGUCCCCUCAGAGGAAACAACUUCUCCUGGAGGCUCUGGCAUGUCUGAAAAUCCCUGGCACACAAAUAAACGAGGAAGAUGCCGAGAUCCUGGGCCGCCUGGUCUGUGACCUGGGGGGGGAAUACAUCAGGAAUUCGGGGGGGAUUUUGCUGAAGGACCUAAGCCAGUGUGAAUCUUUCCUGCCUGACCAAGAAGAGGCCAUUAGGGAUGUCAUCAGCAGUGGGAACAGCACAUUUGGGCCUCCUGCAGCCUGGUCAGCCUUCACCCUGAGGGACCUCUCAGGGCUCAUCCCUGUUUUUGAUCACAACAUCCUGCAGGAGAUCCCCAAGAAUUCUCUGACCCUUUGGCUGAAGAACUUUGCCUGGGAUUCCCCCCUGUCCAGGGAGGAGUUGGCCACCGUCGUGGGGGAGCUCCUGCCCACCCGGCACAGGAGGGCCGAUGCAGGUUGUGACAUGGAGAUAACAGAGGAGAUGCUGAGCACUGACCUGAUGCCCACCUACUACAUCCCUGCGGAGAAGCUCCGGAUCUGCCUCAGGAACAUGUCCCUGGAGAACCAGGUCUUCCUGGAGAACCAGCUCUCCCAGGUCCUCAGCUACCCCUUCAGUGUGGAGCAACUGCAAGUGCUGAAGGACUACCUGGAUGAGAGGUAUCCUGAUGGUUAUCCUGAAAGCCUCCUCUCCAAGCUGGGUCCCCUCAUCCCUCUCAUCACCCCCAAGGAGAUUUCCACAUGGAAGAUGAGCUCAGCUGAUGCCCUGGCUGCCUUCCUGAAAAAUCAGCCCCCAGAUCUCCUGGCCUCAGCAGUGAUCAAAAGCUAUGUUGAUCUGGGCAAUGCCCUGAAUGCCACUGCCCUGGAUGCCAUCGGGACCAGAUACGUGUGUCUGCUGAACACCACGGAGGUGCAGGCCAUAGAGCCCAGCAGCCUCAAACUGGUGUCUCUGAAUCCUUCAGCCUGUUCACAACAGACCAAAGACCUCUUGUAUGAGAAAGCCAAAGAAGCUUUCUAUCCCCAGCACGUCUUUCCUGCUUACUAUGAGCUGAUUUUACCUUAUCUGGAGGGGGCUCCUGGUGAAGAUCUCAAGGCUCUGAGCCAGGCCAACGUGAACAUGAACAUGAGCACUUUUGUGAGUUUAAGAAGAGAUGCUUUGAUGAGCCUGACGCCCCGUGAGGUUCAGGGCUUGCUGGGGAUCAACCUCCCAGACCUGGCCAAGUGGCAGUACAGGUCUCCUGUCCGGGAGUGGAUCCAGGUGCAACAACAAUCCCAGCUGGACCAGCUGCACAUUGGGCUCACGGGGGGAACACAGGAAGGCUACAUCAACCUCGUCACUCCCAAAUUCCCAGCACCAUCCUCAGCCCCUCUGGGUUCCGUGGCCAUGGCACUGCACCUCCUGCCUGCCCUGCUCCUCACUUUCCUCAUGAUGUCCAUCUUGUCCUGACCAUCUUCUCUCCAGAGGAAGCAAGACCAGGGGUUCCAUCCUGCGACCUGCUCUGAGGCCUGUGGGCACCUUCAGCCUGGGGCUGAGGGGUGCCCAGAGCACCAGGCAACUGGGAUCAGCCCAGGAGUCACUUUUAGGUACUUUUGCCUUUCAAAUCACUCUGAAAAACCCAGUUGUGUCUGAAGAGAAGAUUCCAGACUCUUCAGAGCAGAACCUUUGCCUUUGGUAGAGCCCAAGUCCAGGUCAGCCCCAACCAUAACACUGCAACCCAAACCACCUGCAUGUUUUACUGGGGGGUUUAAGGUUAAAAAUGACAUUUCCCAGAGCCUGAUCUCGUGACACUGCCAAGACCUCAGUGUGGAAGGGAAGUUUUCU